AUGGCCUCGUCUUUGUCCAUUUUACUCCUCUUAUUAGUAUUCCAAUUUUGUAAUUCCAAUCCCAUUAUACCAGGUAAUCUUUAGUACAUUUCGAAUAUUUUUGGUUACCGUAGUGCGUUGAUGAAGUAUCUUCAUAAAAAUUUGUAUUCCAGAUAACUCUUUUUCUGAAGGAGAACUAAAUUAUGAAUCGCUUCUUGUGAAUCCCAAAACCUCUUCACUUUAUGUUGGAGCAAAGGGUCAUUUGUUCAAGCUAUGGUUAUACAACAUCAACGAUACGAGCCUAGUAGGUUUGCUUUGACUUAAUAAAUGAUUUUAGUCAGCAAAAAGAGUAUUAUCAGUCGACCCAAAUGAACUCGAAGAUUGCAUUCGAUCUACUUUGGUGGAGCAAGAUUGCUAUUCCAGGGUUAGAAAACAGUUUGUGAAGUCGGAUGGGAAUAUUAUUGUAUGUGUGAGUAAUGCUAUGAAACCGAUCCUUCAUCAAAUUGAUGGAAGUAAUCUCAAGGAUCUGGAGAAUCCACGCAGUGCCAUUGGGAUUUGUUCUCCGCACUCCGAAGUAAAUACAACCGCUGUGUUCGUUGGUAAGGAACUUCUACAGGGUCUUUGUGGCAUCUGCAGCCAUACCGAAGGGCAGGCCACGUUUUCUUUUUCAACACAACAUUCCAUUUUCAGGCAGACAGUUUUAACAACCGAAAACUGUGAACGCAAAUUUUAGUUUUUUUGGUUGUUGUUAAUUUUUGCUGUAGUCUCAAGAUAGGUAUAACAUGUUUGGAAUUAAACAAAAUGGGAGAGUCUGAGGAUUCAAGGAAAAAAGAAUUUUGACAUUCGACCCAAAAAUAAAGAAGUUAUAGCCAGUUUAAAUCGGGCCCCAAAGAAGGCCCCACCGUAUUAGUAGAAACAUUUUUUGUAAUUUUUUAGAGUUUGGCAACCCAGAUGACGUCCCGGCUAUUUAUUCCGGUAUUCGCACUGGCCAAUCCCUCGAGAAUCAUCUGGUUUAUCGUCCUCCUCUUGUCUUCAACAAUAAGGAGAUACAUCCAGCCUUAAGAUCCGUUUACACUGACUCCAAAUGGCUGAAUGGUGAGUAUUAUUAUUAUUGAUCACCCUGUUGUAGACCCUCAAUUUGUUGGAUCCUUCUCUGUGAACCAAUAUGUUUACUUCUUCUUUCGUGAAGUGGCUGUAGAAACCGAAAACUGUGGCCGAACAGUGUAUUCGAGAGUGGCUCGUGUCUGCAAAGUAAGCCAUUUUAUUGGGGGUUGAGAGUAUUCGGGUGGUGAAAAUUCGGAUGAGCCCUUUCGGGUGAUCGCUUAUUCGGGUCAUGCAUUUUCGGGGUAGGUGAAUUCUCGGGUGAUGAAGAAAGUGUUGUACUGAUAGCUACUAAACAUGACAUGUCACUAUAAAAAGUCUUUUUGCAUUUGUAUUGGUUGUUAGGGGCUUCGAUCAUCAGGAAUCCAAAAAGGAAAUCUGUUUUGCGCGUCACUGUAAAUUUUGAGAGUGGUCCUAAUUUUAUUGUUCACGUCAUAUUUAGUUGCCAUAAUUGUAACAUUGUCACCCAAGAAAUCCUCCAACUCCGAAACGGAUAUCAUUUUUUGAUUCCUCAUUUUCGAAACCCUCAAAACAAUAAAAAAUUAGGAUUAUUCUCAAAAUUUACAGUAAUUUUAAAUGUUACUUACAGUUGUAGCGAUAUUAAUAGUGCUAACAGAGAUGUUUGACCAAAAACAAAACAGAUUUCGUUUUAGCCCAAUAUUAGUACCAAUAUUUUGAUGCCCGAAUAUUCAGUUACCCAUUUUAUUGUUAUUGAAAAUUUUUAGAAUGAUAUCGGAGGGAAGAAUGUCCUGAGACAGAUCUGGACUUCCUUCGUCAAGGCCAAAUUGAACUGUUCCGCAUCUGGAUCACUUAACUUUAACUAUCUGAGUAAGCAUCAUGACUGAAUUUGUGUUUUAGCCUAACAUUAAUUGUAGUAAUCAAAAAUAAUUGUGAAAGUUUGAUUGUCAUUUUUUUAGAUUCUGUUUCGAUGGUCGACAUGGGUAGUGAUAUUUCUUUUUACGGAGUCUUCUCCUCAUCGGAGAACGCGAUUCAAUCGUCGGCGGUCUGCCAUUUCUCCCUGCGCGCUAUUAAUCAGGUAUUCGACACAGGACUUUUCUUGGAACAGACAUCCGUUCACUCAGUUUGGAGUCCUACUCCGCUUGAUCAAAUCCCAAAUUACCGGCCUGGAUCAUGUAGCUCUGACUCCAGAACUCUCUCAGACUCGGAUCUCCACUUCGCCAAGUCCCAUCUUCUGAUGUCUGAGUCUGUUAAUGCGGAUGGGGAUGUAAACAUAUUUCCCGGAGAGAGACUUGGAAAGAUUGUAGCAGAUCCACGAGACAAUUCAGUUGUUUUGCUGAUCUACAACCCUAAGUAAGGAGUUGAAUUUGUUCUGCAAUUCCCAUUUAGAUCAAACUCCAUUCAUAAAAUAUUACAUUGGUAUGAUCAAAGACAGUUCCGUCAACUGGGCACGUAUUCUUUAUCCAAAGGACGAUUCCGUGAUAUGGCCAUUUUGCCGGGAGAGUAUUUCUACAUUGCUACAGACAAUAACAUCGCUCAAUACCGAUUAGGACAAUGUGCACAACACUUUUCUUGUUAUUCUUGCUCAUCAGAUCCCUACUGCUCGUGGAAUAUUGCGCGAAGUGAAUGUUUCUCCAGAGAUACUGUGCAUUCGACCGCUGUUGGGUGGAUCAGUGAUGUGACAAAUGCUGAUAAAUGCCGUAACUAUGUAAAAAGUGAGGUGAAAAAAGUUUUCCCAGGAGAUUCAAUUCAUUUGAAAUGUGGAGGACAGAAGGAUUCGGUAUGGGAAGUGGACAAGACUCCCAUUGUGGAUGACACUGAACAUGUUAUCAGAACUUCAUCUGGCGGAUUGGUCGUGUUAAAUGUAAGAGCCUUCAACUUUUUACAUUUCACGAUUUAGGCGACCAGAAGUGUAAGCGGGACGUACCAAUGUUCUCUUGACGGUAUGCCCUUGUUUGAGUAUGUCCUUAUUCUGGAUGAUGGUAUGUUCCUCUUUAAAACCCUGACAAUUAAUUGUGAGCUUAAUUUUUAGCUGACUGUUCUCAACCUAAGACGAUCGCGCAAUUCCAUGCUAUUCAACGCGAGUGGUGCAAAAAAAUGGAGUUUUACAAAACCAAUGUUAGUAAAUGGCAGAGAUUGUACAAUGAAAAUGUAAGCGAAGCCCAAUUGAGUAAUACGUAACAAAUAUUUUCAGAGUGAAUGCCCCAGAAUCCCUCCAGAAAUUACCUCAAAACGAAAGCCGGCCUUAUAG